CUGCAAGCUCUGCAAGUUCACUCGGUAUCGCGCGACUAGCGCCACGCUGCGGGGAUUGGCGGCGUUCGCUGCGUCAGUCGCGCGUUGGUCGUCGAAUGGAUCGGAUGUGGCGACGCGUGCAGGGAGCUACGGGGGGCGGGCGCCGCAGCGCCGCGUGUUGCGGAUGCCCGUCGCAGCCGUGUCAGCUGCACGUGGACCAACGCGCUAAGCGCGGCGGGGGUCGGAAAUCGCGGGGCGGCCCUCGGACGAUAGUCUGCGGCUGCCAGGUUCAACCCUGUCCGGUACAUCCGGUCCUCGUGAGGGUGCGGAGGACUCGACCGACCGGCACCGCCGCCCCGCGUGAAUGCGAGUGUGACUGCCCUCAGGAUCGCCCUUGCCCUCACACCAAUCGCGGAUCCCUGACGAGGAGGGCGCAUCGCAGAUGCGGGUGCAACGCGGAGGGGUCCUGUCACCACCACACGACGAGUUCGGGCACGCCGCGACGCCGCGUAACGCCGACGCCGGAAGUGACGAACGCUUGCGAUUGCCCGGAUAAAUCAGGCUGUGCUCAUAAAUCCGGAGCUUCCGAUCCCGCGUGCGAUUGUACAGCGAUGCCGUGUUCGCACGCGGUGAAAACUCGGGGACCUCGGGCCCCUCAGUGCGCCGAUUGCGUCCCCGGGACCCUUCAGACUUGCACCCACAAGCCGAGCAACUCCGAGGGCCGGAUAAAGCGCGUCAAGUGUCGCGUGAGGCGCGCCGGUUGCGCUAUGGCGAGGUGCACUGCGGAGCUUGCGAUGCUUCAUCUUCACUGGGAGCUUGCGACCGAAUGCGCCCCCUGUAGGCCCCGCGCCCUAACUCGCCGCCUCUGCCGCAGACAGCAGAGUGACAACGAACUUUAUCGCAGCAACAGCUUUAAGUUUGAACGGUUCGAGAGGAGCAGGGAGGAGCACGCUACCCCCCUUAGGAAACAGAUAUCUUUGUGCGAUGAAUACAGUCUGCCAGUUGACUUUGUCAACAAACGACGACCCGCCAGCGUUGCUGCAGCGACUUCCACCGUCCAGUGGGCCUUGCCAAGUCCGACCACUGAAAACGCGGAAGUCGAGGUUGUAGAAGAGUACAGUGAUCCGAGAGACAGCAGAGCGAAAGCCUACUCUGAACCGAGUGAGGAACUUUCAUUGCCAAAACUUUACGCGAAGGUCAACCGAGAUUACUGCAGACCUUACACCGAUCCGUCAGCAUCCGAGUCCUCCGGUGCCGAUGACGAGGCGGGCGGUACUCUGACGGAGUUUCGCCGACGUAAGAACAGCCUGUACAAGACAACGGGACGCAGCUCGCCGUCGCUUCUCGAAGAGGAAACGCUGCCGCCAGGAGACGCAGUGAUAGUAGAUUGCGUGGCAUUGGUGCAUCUCGAAGCGGACCAGUCGCCAACGGAUCCUGGUCAGCCGGUGCGGCAUCCGUCGCCUUACUACUACGGCGACCUCUUCAAGGCGAGCGAAGAACUGCCGCGUCCUCAGCCAGGAAGAUACCGGAAGAGCGUGAGCCUCGACGUCCCGGGGGAAAGAUCGAGGACACCGGGACUACCAAAGAGGAAUUCGGUGGCCGGUGAUGGUGGUGGAACGUUCAACAACAACCAGGAUCUAGUGAGCCCAACAUCGGGGAGUGAGCAGCAUGCCGUACCUCACGGUGGGAACGAGAUACUUUCAUCGUGCAUUAUCACAGAGUGGGACAGCACCCUCAUGCCGCCGCAUCGCCUCCUCAGUCACGACAUACCGAGUGCCGUUUGCACCUGCGUCGUGUCACCGGACGAUGAGGAUGUAGAUCCGCCCCUGCGCCAGGCGCGCAAGCUUCGCCGGACUCGAAAAAUAGACCCUCAGCUAGUCCUGCUCGAGGACGAAGCCGACGAGGACGAGGAGACCGCCGACAAGGAGGAGGCAGAGAUGGCCAGGCAGCGACGUCUCUACGAGACCGCGUUCGACUCCAAGGUCAGCCGAUCGGACGACGACCUCGACGAUCAUGACCGUCUUACCAACCAUCCGGUCCUCCAUGCCCCCUCGAGGAUUACGGCGGUCCUGCAGCCGAAGGCCCCGUCCCCGGUGCCGGAGCCCUUCCACGCUUUCGAGCCGGUCAGCUGCCCCGUCAACAACGCGUACGCCUCGAAGGAGCGACGCAAGGUAGUUUUACUCCGCCCAAAACCGAUUCCGAGCCGCCUUCAGCAAACCGACAAUAUAUCGUCUCUGUCCCAGGACAUCGAAUCCCUCCAGGUAAACUCCAGCGACGAGAAGAACUCCUCGCCCCGGCUGCCGCUCCGCGGUUACGCGCCCGCGCCGCCCUCGCCGCCAUCGACAGCCCCACUUCCGGCCAAGUUUCACGGCCGAAAGGACCAUCUUCUUCUGAAUAUACGCAGCGCUCCGAAUCUACCGUCCCAGGCCGAUCAUCCGCGGCUCAAGGACACGAGACUACCAGUGAAAUCCCUACGCGCCAAGGAGUCGCCACAGAGCAGCGAGGGAAGCAUACUGGAGAUUAAGGGACGGCCAAAGAGCGAGGCUCCCGAUGCUCAUAUGCGCCGGCUUGACAAGGAACUGAUCCUUGAAUUUAAGGGCAGGCCAAAGGAGGAGAAACAACGUCCUCGGAGCCUCAUUCGCGAGACCCGUCCGAUAAUGGAGUUCAAGGGAAGGCCUCACGAGGCUGAGGAACACCUUCCGAGACCACGGAGAGAGGCGGGAAUCCUCGAGUUUAAGCUUAGGACGACUCGCCGGAGGAUGGGCUACUCUAGUACGGAGAGCAUGGCCACUAGCAGCAGCGGCGGGAGCAUGGAGUCCCUGAGGAGCAGCACCAGCGAGGGAAACAGGUCGACGAGCAGCUCGGAGAGUCGGCACAGCACGAGUCUAAGCUCGCACAGUUCGGACAGCGGUAGCACGAGCUGCGUGAACAAUCAUCAGCAGAACACACUGACCGGCUUCUUGACCCACCAUACGAACAAGCUCCACAUCCUGUCUCCGAUAUCGGACAAAUCGUCGCAGGAACCGGCCUCUGAGACGUCGGAUAACAACCGAAACAACAAUUCCCAGAAGGGUUCGCCCGAGGAGGCGCAGACCCUGACCACUGAAAACCCAACCGUGAACGCGAACAACGUGACAUCGCCGACUGACACUUCGUUCAAGAAACGCCGGACGCCUCAGAACAAGAAUCUCAUCAAUCUCGCCCUGCAGUCGUCCUCGUCCGGUGACACUGAAAUUCAGGGAUCGGACAGCGGGAUCUCGAUCGAAUCUCGCGCCGGGAUAAAGUGCAAGCCCUUCGGUUUUCACCUUCUCAAACCGCAAGUCGAUAACCUCAACCUGGUCCACAAUGAACCUGAACUCUCUGACCUUCCGUUUGACAUGCCGAAACUACGCAGACGGCGACUUCUCAUGCAGCAGGACGCCACCACAUCCGGCAGUGCCACUAGCGUCGAUCUCCGCGACCUUCCGUUCGACAUGCCUAAACUACGAAGACGCCUGAGGUGCACUCAGAGUAUCGAAUCUAGUGCGUCACAGGCCUCGUCGAGCUUGUCUGUACGUGACAUUGACGUCCCUAUCUUGUUCGGCGGCGGUACGGCGCGCCCAAAGAUGACGCUGAACCUCGACGCUGGGGGGAUGGACGGGGUUGGUGGUAAAGUAGGCCUAAAAAAACCCGGAGGACUUUGCCUUGGACUGCCCCUGGAGAUGGGCACUUCCCGCGGAUCCGCUGACCUCGUUGACGCAGACCUGCCCUUGGAGAGACAAGGAUGGUACCACGGAUCGAUUACCCGAAUCGAGGCGGAAGCAGUCCUUCGUUUACUAAGAGAGGGAAGCUACCUGGUCAGAAACAGCGAGUCUACUAAACAGGAUUAUUCUCUGUCUCUCAAAAGCGCAAGAGGAUUCAUGCAUAUGCGAAUACAGCGGAACGAGGAAUUGAAUGCCUACAUUCUCGGCCAAUUCAGUAAGCCCUUCGAGACCAUUCCAGAAAUGGUUCGUCACUUCAGUGUAAAUCGGUUGCCGAUACGGGGAGCCGAGCAUAUGUGCCUGCUCCAUCCAGUGAUAGCCCAACUUUUGUAGCGCAUCUAUCGCAGCGCCCUUUAAGGCGCUACAAUAAUUACCGCACUUUCCCAGAACAUUUUCUUGCAAAUUUGUCCAGUUUCGCUCGAGCGAGCCGAAACGAUCACCGGAAUUACCGACCUGAAUAUCGACCAGAAGCGGGAUAGAGAGAGAGAGAGAGAAGAAGGGGGAGAGAGACAGGCAAAGAGAUGAACGAGGAAUGAGCUCUUAUGAGAGGACCCGUUCAAUUCUAAAGAAUCGAUGAAAUAUGUAUCUCAGGGAAUUUUCAAUGGAUUCAAUUUUGGGUUUUGAUUAUAUCCGAGCACAUGUGUAGUGGGUAAAAUAUUUGUGAUGAUAUUCUCUAGAAUUGACAUUGAAUUUCCAUUUUUCUUUUAUUUUUUUCUUUCUAACUCACGGUAUGUAAUGGGUUUUUGUAGCAUGAGAAGUUGACAUUUUUUUAGUUUAACCGAUACGCCGUUUUCUCGUUUUUGAUUUCGUAUGCGGUAUAAUCCUCGUACAUCGCAACGGUACAUACUGACAAAACAAAUAUUUCACUUUUUCUUCGUACGAUGAUUAAUUGCUUAUCCUAAUCUCGUUAAUUUUCUGUAUUUCAUAACGAAUGGAUUAUAUUUUUGUCAAAGUAAUCGUACAUUCGUACAAAAUUUGAAAGAUAAAAAUGAAAAGAACAAUGUAUCGAAAAUCAAGGCACAGACUUGCGAAAUUCCGGAGAUAUAUGCAUAUAUCUUGCUGCAUCGAAAUCAAUUUACAUGAAAUUCGAGGUCGCCGCUGAAAAAGUAUAGAAACGAAAAUUCCCUCGCGUUUAUCAAUUUGUUCAACCUACCAAACUUCCGUAAUUUGAAACAUUGUCUUCCCAAGCCGAUGUGCGAAGAUACUCGUCUCGCUAUAAAUUGCCGUACACGGUGCAACUUAACGUAAUAUUUGGAUUCUACCCAACGAAUGGAUAAGUCAACAUCCCGGAUGUUGUAAUCUCGGAUGACAGAGGCACGGACAUAUAUCGAUUCGGUACAGAACCGCGUAUAAUGAGCUGCAUGCAGCGGAGUUGGCACCGUAUUAGAAUCUCACUGCAGUGCCAGCUUGCAUGAUGAUGAAUAACAAGGUAGCGGAACUCGAGGACAUGUGUUAUACCUGUAUGGAUAGUUUGCGACUAGUUCUCCAUUUUCUCUCUGCAAACAGACUUCAAUUAUCAUAAGGUUGUGCAAAAUGGAUUCGAUUUGUUUGCGAAAGGGCCAGAGUGCGAAGUGAUGUACUGACCUCUUUAUAGGAUUAUACAGGGAAAGUUGCAAUCUUUCUCGCUCGCAACUGUCAAUUCUCAAUCGUGCAGAGGAGGCUCACUUGGUGUUUACCUCCGAUUUAAUCAGACUAGCAAUUAACCGUGGGAUUGUAAAAUAUUUCACAUUAUUCGGCAGGUUACACACUUCUGAAUCAGCCGAAUGAUCGAUUUAUCAGCUGAAAAUAACGAUUUUAAACUGGAUAAGAACAAAUUUCACUCUUUUCGAGGAACAAGAAAGCCAUUAAUUGAUUUCAUUACUAUCUUCAAUCCUGCCAAGAUUGAUUGUAAUCAGAGAAUAAACACCUCGCAACGUUUCGAUGUCAGUUGAUUGUAGCAGUGCGACGCGAAGUGAAUACAUUUAAGACGAUGUUAGAUGUAGGAAUAUAUACGUAAUAUACAUUUAGUAUACUAGCAGUAAAUUUCGUCUGUCAAAAUGAUGAUGAAGGAUGGAUAUAAAUUUCACAUAUAUCUAUACUUUCGCGACAAACAGUAACAGGCCAAACUGAAAAUUAUGCUUGUCAUUAUACUUAUAAUACGAUACCUGUUAUAUUAUUUACAUGUAAUUUGUAUACAUACGUGAAAAUAUUUUAACGUUCUUGUAAAUCAGCGGGGCGAGAUAGCUCGCAGAAAACAAUGCCAAAUAUUAGGUAGAUAUUUAAACACUUUAUUACGCAUAACGGUAAAUGAAUAUAGGUAUAUAUAUAAUUACAUAUAUGUGUAUACAUUACAAUUAUAAGUAUAUUUACCGGUAGUUUUGUUGAUUUCAUCGUUCAUCAUUAAUUAAUUCAUUAAUUAUUUUUAAACGUGAAACUUUCUUAUAACUGUGAUUCUUUUCAUUCAUGUUUUUGUUCAACUUCGUUUUUUUAACAUAAAUAUAUUUACCUUACAUAGUUUCUACAAUAACUAUGCCUGAAACUAGUUGAUCGAUGAAUUUUCAAACAUGCACUAGUAAAAGUAACUUAGUUACAUACAUUAUUUCAUGUGAUAUUAAUUUGAUAUAAAUGCCGUAACUACAACCAAUGUUGCCAUCAUCAUCAUCAUCACUAUUAUUAUUAUUGUUGUUAUCAUUACUAUUACUACUAUUAUUAUUAUUAUUAUUAUGGGAUCAAUAUUAUUCGUGUUUUAAUAAUUCGUAUUCAGAUGAAUAAAAGACAAACGCGGUAAACCAUAAAAGUUACAGGUCAAUGACCGGGUGCCUGCGUUUACAAUUAGUUACGAAUAAAAAUAUUUUCUUCUCACCUGUGAUUCAUUGUGUCUGAACGGCAAUUAGUAAAUAAUGUUUGUAUCGGUGAUCGUGCAAUAUUACGAGUAAAUUUUUGUCAAUCGUUAUAUUCUUUUUUUUUUCUAUCUCUGUCAGUAACGUAUCGAUUGUUUACACUGUGAGACUAAAGCAUGAUUAUUAUUCAUUUUCAAUAUAAAAACACUGUUCGAAUGUCGACACAGAAUACAGACGUCCGUGCAUUAACAAUAAUAAAACUAAAUUUAAUGAAUAUUAGCCUAAACAUUUAUUAUAGAUACUGCAGUUUUGAACGAUCGUAAAUAUCGGCGAAGCCGGAUAUGUUAUUACAUUAUUAUUAUUAUUAUUAUACGUAUUGUAAUUAAUAUUAUUGUAGAGUUGAGGCGAGGUUUAUAUUUAAGCAAAAAACAAACCAAAGAUUCAAAGAUCGAAUGCUAAUUACCUGUACGUACAUACAUAUAAUUUAGUUGGACCUAACUACAUUUAUAAGGUAAUUGCAGCCAAACGAUGUUUGUAUGAUUAUUAUUAUAAGUCUGUCUCGUGCCAAAUUAAAAAGAAAAUGAAAAAAAAAAUGUAUGAAAAUAUUGGGUGCUUACUGCUUAAAAAUUAGAAAAACUUCUCAAAAGACUUCCACGCAGCUCGUGCGAUUCUCACCUCUCUUUCUCUUUCCUCCCAUCUGUCUUUCUCUUUUUCUUCCUUUGUCACUCCGUUUCUCAUUUACAUCUCACGCGCCUGAAACUUUCGUAUUUACUCUGGCGCUAUUAGUCAUUCAUUUACAGUCUUCCAAAACUGAAAUUCCGUUCGGGUUUCAAAGAAAUAUGUUCUUCUAGCUAAACUUUAUUGAGAACUUUAUAACACGGAAGAUUACACUAGAUAUUUCAUCGCGCUUUCUGUGGCACCAGACAAACUUAAUCUCAACGUUGACGGACCAUUAUCAGUGGUAUAAUACCGGGGUUCAAUGAUGGAAAUGAUAUGCGGCGAAGCUAUCUUUUCAACGUUCGUAUCUAGCUUUGCCUAGUAUUUUGAUUUCAGUUCAAUGCUGAUAUCAUUUCCCCUAAAACGAUAUACCAGCAGCGAAUCUGGUCUGGAUUUACUUCUUCACUGUGAAAAUAGUCCGUUAACAUCAAUUGGCUCAUAAUGCGAUCGGUACUAUAUUAACCUGCGUUGACUACUGUAAGCUGCCAGUAUUAUUAAUUAUAACCAAUAAUGCAUAUCCACGUUAAAAUUUUUAAGACCCGUUAGUGUCACACUAUCAUUAUAAUUGCAAUUAUUAUUAUUAGUAUGAUUACUUCUAUCAUCGAUAUUAUUAUUGUUUUAAAACUAUAAUCUAUAUAUAUAAAUAUAUAUUUAUUUAACAUUGUAUUCAUUUGUAUAUUAAUGGUGUCGUUAGCUCAUGGUUGUAAACAAAAUUCUAUGUUGGAUAAUUAAUAAUAUUAGUACAUAAGAUCUAAGGACUUAGAAGUUAUGUAUAUAUUAUAUACAUAUUAUACAUAUACAUAAAACACAUACGUCUAGUCUCUUACACAUAUUAUACAAUAACAAUUGUACAGGGUGACCUGUUUGAAACUUGAUACCGAUGCAAUUUGAUCCGCAGUAAAAAUCUUCAAAAUCUGGUUAGAUUGUUACACGCCAUACAAGUGUUCGCUAGUAUUUUUUUCUUUUUUCAAAACGUUUAUCGAUACGUCACUCAAGCAUGAAAAUGUUUAUACAGUUGAUAAUUAAUCACGUUAAAAAAUGACCACUUUUUGUCUAGCGAUGACAGAUUUUUUCUACGUCAUGGAUGGACGCGGAUCCAAUAUUAUAUAAACAGCACAUUUAAUCAUAAUUGGGACCAAAUUUCAUCGGCCGUUUCACAGAGGCCAUUUUGUGUGGCAAAACAGUUAGAUAGGCCACAUUACUUGUAGAUACUCCCUGUACCUUGAAAUUUAUAUGAAGUAGAUUAUAACUCGACUCAUAACCUAAUAACUCCUAUUUACGUAGCGUCAUAAUCUAUGUAAUUGUAUACAAUUUACAGGCCGAGCAAAAGCCUGAGACCCUGCAAAACUAAUUUAGCCUGGACCCUGAUUUACCAAUUUUUUAAAAUUCAUACCUGCUACAGGGAAACCGCAAAAUUAUAUACUUCCAACUUCGUAAUGUCUAUAAAUCUUUUAAUUACAUUAUUGUAUGUAAUCUACUAAACCUGUGCGUGAUUGUGACGGGAUCAUCUUCCGGUCUGACGCGGAUCAUAUUUAAACGGACCCAAAUGUAAGGACUCUGUACUGGUAUUAACUCUACCCGCGUCAUACCGCUCAGUUAGUUCCUGAAUCAUCUUUGCUAGAUAGUAGCAGAUACGGUGUAAGCUGGAAUUCCUUAUUAACAAUAAAACUUUAAUAAGUUAAUA